AUGAAUAUUUGGAUUGUAUCAACUGUGUGCCUAAUUUUCACACUCUCCAGUGUGUCUGCCAAAAACAACAAAUGUAAUUUUCCACCGGAUCUGUGGUGUUCCUCAGAAGAAAUAGCUGCAUCAUGCCAGGUGACCCAGCAAUGUUCCGAGACAAGUUGGUUAUUAAAAGAGAAGACAGGCCCUGUGAAUUUUACACUGUAUUACGAGUCCCUGUGUCCAGACUGUCAACAGUUUAUACGGUUUAUGUUAUACCCAACUUACCAGAAGAUAUCCAGCAUCAUGAACCUUACUCUAGUUCCUUAUGGCAAUGCUCGGGAGUCAAGAGAAUCAAGUGGAAGGUAUAAAUAUGAUUGUCAACAUGGUCCUCAAGAAUGUGUAGGAAACCUGAUUGAUACGUGUUCUAUAUAUUAUUUAAAAAUAGUGGAGAAAUAUUUCCCCUAUAUUCAUUGUAUGGAGAUAUCUCAGUCAGACCCUCUACAGGCUGCUAAACAGUGUGCUCAACAAUUCACUGUACCAUUAGAUAAAAUAUUGUCUUGUGCUAACUCUAGCCUUGGGAACUCUCUAGAGCAUGAGAUGGCUAAAAAGACAGACUCACUUCGCCCACAACAUCAAUAUGUACCCUGGGUAACACUAAACGGGGUACAUAAUGAGAAAAUACAAAAUGAAGCUCAGAAUAAUUUAGUUAAAUUAAUCUGUAAAACAUAUCAGGGAGCCAAGAAGCCAGAAGCCUGUAAUGAGUUUAAAGUGAAGAAAACUAACCGAUGCUACAAAUAGAUAGAAUACUCUACUUCUCAGCCAGUUCUUUCGGUGAUAAACUUAAUGACUAUGUGCUUAUUGACGUAACAGUGAAAAUGAAUGUAUGAAGAUGUCAGAAACUUUCAGUGCUAACCUAUCAGGACGAGGCCUGCUUCUUUUGAAACUAUUUAGAAAAAUAAGAUAGAUAAUACUUUAUUUUGAAUUAUUUUUACAAUUCCAUUCAUGAAAUUUCUUUUUGUAUAUUUAUUGUAUCAUUCCUUCGUCGUUUUGUUUUGAUAUUUUGUACAUAAAAUUAGUUUAUU